ACUCAGCAGUGAUUCUCGCAGCGAGACAGAACACGAGAAGACGAUAUGGCGCUGGCCGACGUGUCCAAACGCGACGACUCCCACUUCCCGGACAUCAUCGAGCUUAACGUCGGGGGUCAAGUGUACGUCACCAGGCUCCAAACUCUCAUCGCCGUGCCGGACUCGCUGCUGUGGCACAUGUUCAGCCGCAAGACCCCCAAGGAGCUGGCGAGGGACACCAAGGGUCGCUUCUUCCUGGACCGAGACGGCUUCUUGUUCCGCUACGUCCUCGACUACCUCCGCGACCUCACCUUGGUGCUGCCGGACUACUUCCCGGAGCGGAGUCGGCUGCGGAGGGAGGCGGACUUCUUCCAGCUGCGGGAGCUGGCCAAGCGGCUCAGCCCGCAUGUGAGCGAGGACAGCGAGGAGGUCGGCCAAAGCGACGCCGAGGACGGCGCGCCGCAGGGCGGACCGCCGUGCGCCGCAGCCGGGGGCGCGGAGGUGGCUUUACGCGCGGCGGCCGCCAUGCGCUCGCCGUCUCUGGACUCCAGGAAGUCGGGGUACAUCACCAUAGGCUACCGGGGCUCCUACACCAUCGGCCGGGACAUCCAGACCGACGCCAAAUUCCGGCGGGUGGCGCGCAUCACCGUGUGCGGGAAGACCUCCCUGGCCAAGGAGGUGUUCGGAGACACGCUGAACGAGAGCAGGGACCCGGACCGUCCGCCGGAGAGGUACACGUCCCGCUACUACCUCAAGUACAACUUCCUGGAGCAGGCCUUCGACAAGCUCACCGAGGUGGGCUUCCACAUGGUGGCCUGCAGCUCCACGGGCACCUGCGCCUACACCAGCAAUGACCCCGGCGAGGACAAAAUAUGGACGAGUUACACCGAAUAUGUCUUCUGUCGAGAACAGUAGACUUUGGGGUGUAAAUAAGACCCUUUGUAACCUAUGUUCCUUACAGUGAUUAUUACAGUAACCUCAGGCCCGGCCCUAACCAAUCUGGCGCCCUAGGCAAGAUUUUAGGUGGCGCCCCCCCACAUCGGCAGUGAAGUGUAUAUACUCACAAGAAACCGAAUAGCUUUGUCUUUGACCUUUUUUUUUGUUUACUUACAACUAUACCUAAUAUAUAAAGGGGUGGAAAAGUGACUAUUACCUGCAGGGCAAACAUUAGCUAACCAGAAGGCAAUAACAAUGUAAACAAAAAACACCUGCUUAAAAGAUCUAAUACAAAUGUCCGAGGAAUGUAAGGUGGGAGUACUGUAAUUACCUAACGUUACAUUAUUAUUUUCCAUAACAAUUUAGACCCUCCACAAUAUUAA